AUGAGAUUUUUGUUAGUGCUAACCGUGGGCAUAUUGGUCUGUGCCUCUGUACUCGCCGCUGAAGAUGCAUCGGAUAGCUCCGAGUAUGACUAUGAUGAUGAUGACUAUGAUUACGACGAAGAUUAUAGCUCUGAGGAAUCUGAAGAUGAAGGUUCAAGUGAUAACUCGAAUCAAACUACAACGGGAACGAGUCCGAGCAACGACUCGGGAGUGAGCAAUGAAAGCUCUGCCAGCAGCGCAUCCGAAGAGAGCUCUGAAGAUACUUCCGCGGAAACUAAUGCUGGAUCAAGCACUCCAGUAACAUCCCCAAAGGCAAAUCCAUCCACGCCGAAAAAAACCCAGAAGCCUGCCGCCACCAAAAACAACAACAAGAAGAACAAGCAGCGUAGGCGAACCAAAGCAGCGCCCAAGCGACGCACCACAGUGGCACCGAAGCGUCGCCAGCCAGUUGCCGCACCCAUCAAGAAGCCGACACCUGUGGCAGCCAAGAAGCGAGCCACCGUGGCAGCAAACAAACGUAAGCGGACUUCCGGUUAA